AACUCAUAGAGAUCAGAUCUGACCUGGGGCCUUCUUCUUCUUCACUGUUUCCUCCCAAAAUCGAUCUACACUCAGCAUCUGCUUCUUUAAACCUGACGCACCUCCAACCUUCCCCACCAAGACUUCUUCGAGACUUGUAUCCUUGCAACCUUGCAAUCUUGACCAAGUCACAAGACAGCUACCACUUUGCCAUCUUUCAUCCAGAAGAGUUCAUCAUGAUCAAGAAAACAACGACGGCGGCGGACAGGCCUGCUGCACCUGCCGGUCGUAAGAAGCCAGUGGAUAAGCCUGGUGCAACUGCCAUUCGCAAGAAGGCGUCUGCACAGCCUGCCGCACCUGCUGGUCGCAAGAUUACCGCUCGCCCUGGUAGGACAAAGGCCAAUGCUCAGGCUAUAGCAAGUUAUCUUGCGCCUGCUGACCACGAUGAUGACACUCAGGUGAACGGUCGCUCUGGGAGUAUCAAUGACCAGAAUGGUGAUGCUCAGCGGAUCGGUCUCCUUUCGGGUAACAAUGGUCAGGUUAAUAGGUUUUCGGCGACCAAACCUGCUGACCAGACCAGCAACUCGCCAGCCUGCUCGGAUAGUAACUUGGAUAACAGAAAUUCCUUAAACUUGUCCCAAGGCGCAGCCCUCCCAGGUGAUUUCAGCAAUAAAGAUUACAGCCUCGCGGGCUUCUCUAAGUACGACCUCAACCUACCUGCUGACGGCUUCAACACAAAUGAGCAUUUUGACAACGCCUUCAACUUCUGCGACAAGACUCAGAACUCUGUUGAUCUCAACGGUGGCAUACAGGCUGGCGUCAAUUUUGCCAACCAAAACGGCAACUACGAUCUGGGCAAUCUUGUAGUUGACAAUAACUUUGAGAAUUUCGUUGACUUCGACAGUGGUGCUAUACAAGGCAACGACGCUGCUGCCGUUCCUGACCUUUCCCAGCUGGCUUCUGCUUUCCCUGUUAACUUCCCCCACAACGGUCAAGUCGGCAACAAUAUUUCCUUCACCAAUCCCAUGCAAAACACUUAUGUGGCUAGAAAGAACAUUGGCGAAUAUCAAGAUAUGGCAGGCAAUGCUAAUUGCAACAAAACUCAGGGCCUUUCUGCGAUCUGCGAGGGUUCUGGUACCAACGCUCGGAAUCGAGUCGAUUUUCAUCAGAACCGACCUGGCGACGCUCUUGCCCCUUGCAACGAAUUUCGAAAAAACGCUCAGCAAGCUUCUCACACCCACAUUGACAACAUGACCUCUGGCAAUGUGAGCAUCGUCAUCAAAGCCAUUGAUUCAUCGGCCACCAUCAACGUGGCUGAUGUCCUAGAAGAUCUCAACCUGGCCAAGGAUCUUCAGGACUGGCUCAAGCUGACUGACUGGCAAAAUGUUGACCAUCGUGGCUUGCUGCUGAGCCAUUACCAGGCCCAUAUAGACAUUCAGCAGAAAGAGGUUGCGCUCAAGGAACAGGAAGUUGCCCUUGCUGCUGAGAAGGCGCGACUGCUGCAAGGCUUUCCGCGGGCUGGCAAAGAAUUUGAACGAGGCUCACACAAUAUGAAGCCUUUCAUUGAAGCUACCCAGGAGUCCAUGUUCACCCCUACCCCGACUCCUACCUCCUACCAUGAAGCUGACGACAACAAUCGCCAUGCUUCGCCCAACACCUACGAGAACCCGGAUAGAUUUCAGGUAGCGAACUCUCCCUAUGGCAGCGUUGAGACUUCCAGGAGCUACAGUGACUACGAAGUCAAUAACGAGCGUACGGGUAUCUCGAUUGAUCGUGAUUACACACCUACAGAUUCUGUUGAAUUCACCCCGGAGAACCCAAACAGAGCCCACAAAGAGGCCCAACUCAACUCGCCUGGUUAUCAAGACAUGGACCACGGGCGAUCGCUGUCUCCUUAUAAGCAUGGUGACGAGACCCAGCGAACGGAUGGACCUCCUGCUUCGCCUCGCAGUGGCUCUCCUGAUGGUGGUAGACGUUACCGUGAGGACGACCGCGACUCGUUCUACCGGAACCGUGACAACACCCACUACUCAAGCCAUAUUGGUAGAUACAGAAGCCGCAGCCCUCGCGCCCCGGUUGUUAGUCGUGAUCUGGCCUCUCGCAUCAUGUCCCCCAAGAAUGGUCGUGGUUCCAGCGUCUUUGCUGAACGAAGAGAGUAUCCUGAUGACAGAGCCAGCCGCCGCAGCCAACAGUCGCUCAAGAUUGAUAUCGGAAAGCCCGGUGAUACCCGUUACUUCGUCAUGAAAUCUUUCAGCGCUAAGAAUAUCUACACUAGCCAUAAGGAACGUGUCUGGGCGACUCAACCCAAGAACAUUGACACCCUGACUGAGGCAUUCGAGAAGUGCAAGAACGUCGUCCUGUUCUUCUCGGCGAACCAAUCGCAUGCGUAUCAGGGAUAUGCUGUCAUGGAGAGCGGCCCUUCUUCCGCCAACCCUCAACCAAGUUGGUACAAGAAGAUCAGAUGGCCCCUCAGUGAGCCCUUCCGCCUGAAGUGGAUCUGCACCCAGGACUGCGAGGAUCGCUACUUCAACAAGCUGCAAAAUCGAUUCAACGACGACAGCCCUGUCACCCGCUCGCGUGAUGGCACCGAAAUCGAUAGCUUCUGUGGUCGCAAUAUGAUGCUAACCAUUGACAGAAUGACUGGCCGUGAUGCCUCUUAG